CUCUCAUAAUACGCAUUCAUGUGAUACACUUCGCCCAUUUCGGAGGUAUUGCUGUUUAUAACAGUGCGAUUAAUUAUCAUAAAUUAAACAUUUUGUGAUUAUUUUGUGAAGAAACUUUCUGUGUUUGACAACUUGAUUUUAUAAAUUUCAUAAUAAAAUGGGUAUGAUUUCCCGUGUGCGUGGUCGUAUUAGAAGUGACUCUUUCUCGAAGAUUCAAACGAUUAAAUCGGAGGACAAAAUCGCCAACAUUGUAUGGCUGUUGUCAUUGGUGCUUCUUCUCCCCUACUGGGCUCCGAGGGGGCUGCUGGUGGCCCUGGGAGGAGCGUGGCUGAUGGCAGCAUACACGUGUUUGGUGGUACCAGUGCUAAUAUCUGCUAACUACAAAUAUCCAGCGAGAUGGUACCCCGCAGUUGCUAGACUUGCGCAAGAAGCAGCAAGGCGACUGAAACGGCCUGGUGCGUGUGUGUUGGGUGUGUUGAAGACUGUAUAUGCUCCACUUGAACGCACCGAGCUGAUGUUCCUGCAGAUGAACAAUCUCUCUACAAUGAUUAGUCAGUUGCUGAUUUUUACAGCGUGUGACCGUCUAUUAGUAUCACAGGGCAAACUGACGUGUUUGUAUUCGCUCAUGUUCUACAAUGUUGUCACCUACUCCGUGAGUUACGUCCGCGAGAUAUGCACCAAAGAAGACUGGUCUCCAUAUGUAAACGUCACACGCCACUCCCGUGUCAAGCACCUAGCUAUGUCAGCCACAAAAAUCGUACUCGAAUGGACCAAAGCAGUUACCUUCAUAGUAACUAUCACUUUUGUGCUCUUAACAUUCGGACUAGAGCAAGGACUGGAACAUUAUCGUCCAAAUACCCUAUACACAACCAUUACAGGCACAUAUUAUGUUCUGACGGAAAAAAUAUUUCUGGAACUGUGGCCGAUUGGUCUUUCAGCGAUGAAAAUAGAAAGAUUAGAAGGAAUGGAAUCUUUGUAUUUUGGAGCAUGGGCUCGGGGUCUGACCACAUUUAUAGCUGUACCGUUAGUGCCCGCUCUAGCAUGGUAUGAGCGAUGGAGACUAGCUUUGUUUGUAUUUUAUGUGUGCGUGUUUGUAAAUGGACGACAUCGUCUCGGUGAGGCACUGUUUAAAUUAAAUGAAGCUCGAGGUUCCCUCGCAAGGUUCCGUCGCGCGACGGCCGAAGAACUAGCCACCUUGGAGGAUGUUUGUGCAGUGUGUUUAGGCAGUAUGAGGUCAGCGAGAGUGACACCCUGUGCACACUUCUUCCAUGCUGACUGCCUUAGGAAAUGUUUGGCUGCGUCUGAUAGAUGUCCGAUAUGCGUUAGACCAUAUAUCUUUUGCUGAUCGUUGAGCAACGAUUCGAGUUCGGAUAAGACUGCUUUUAAAGAAUUUCGACGACUUGAGAUUUAGUAAUCAAGUUGUAACGAAACUUAUGUAAUAAAAUUCGGAAAAGUAUCAUUCGAGUUUGUGAUAGCUUGUGAUGUUUAAAUUUUUUAUUGCCAAAUCGACGCAGUUUCGGCUUAUUGUUAUAUUACACAUAAAAAAUGUCAAAUACACCUACAUGUAAGACUAUGUACUCACGAAGAUUUCUGUAUUUGCUAUUGCAUAAUCAAGUAUUAUUUUUUCCAUAGUAUAUGUUUUCUAUAGUAUAUAUUAGAGUUAAAAAGAUUGAAAGAAAGAAUUUCAUUUCACUAAUGAAGAUAGACCCAAAUACAUUAUUGUAAAAAUAAAGUAUAUUACUUUCAUUACGAAACAAUUUCUUGGGUAUGUACAGGAAUUAGCAAUCUCUUUAAUCUUUUGCAGAUACAAAAUUAAAUGUUAUCAAAAUAUACCUACACUGAGUACAAGUACGAGUACACGUAACAUUAUGGAAACUUAUUUGCUUUUAUACCUACUACAUACCUGUAUUUUGUACUUCUAAUUCGCAUCUAGCAAUCAGUUAAAGAGCGUUUACUAUAGCAUUAUUAGUAUUAAUAUUACUAUUUUGCAAAUGUUUACUAUAAUAAUAUAGAUGCUAAAAUAUAUUCGCGAAAUUAUUUAAAGUAAUAAAAACAUUAAAUACUUCGUUUUUGUGAAAGCUAUAGAAAUUAAACAAAUAGGUUAGAUACUCUAAAUCAAAUAAUAGCACGCUGUAUUUUGUCUAUGCAUAUCAUUUACUAAAAUAUUAUAUUUAUAGUAGAUAUAGUCACCUGUAUAAAUGCAUAAACUUAUUUAUAAAUUGUUCCAAUAACCAUUUAUUUAGACCUAAUAACUUACGUCACAGUCCUUAUCAAGGAACCCCUUCUUUUUAAGGAUUGUGACGUCAUAAAAUGUCUUACCGAACGUUAUAAUUUUUUUAAUAUUAGGACUUACCUAUAACACAUUAAGGAUACAUAAGUGAUUUUUAAUAGCUAAGUGAUAAAAAUAACUUUUCUCUGCAUGCAAUUGUAACAAAAUCAUUGUAAUCUUUGUCUACUUAGACAAAAUGUUUUAUUUACAAAAUACAUUGAGGUCGAGUCUAAGGAAACAUGUCUAAAAUUAAACCUAUCUGCAAAAAUUAAAUUUUAAUAUUUUAGCAAAAGCAUAAUAAGAUUAAUUAAUCCUUUGACAAAACUAUGAGGUUACGAACCAUUCAAAACUAGAAACAUAGUCUUAAUUGAAAUUAGAAUAUUUUUAUAAUAAAU